UUUUCUUCGGUCGCAGUUAGGAGUUGCUGCGCGAAGAUAAUAGAAGAUUUUUUCAUUAAUUUUAAUCAUGACGGUCAUAAUUCCUGUGUUGGCUGCCAUGUAUUUAGGGGGAUCCUUCAAUUUGUUUCAGUAUCAGAGGGGGGCGGCUGAUAUUUAUAAUACAGAAUCCCUUAAAGAUAAUAUUCUGUCCAUUAACCGUAGUUUGACGAAAUCUCAGUAUAAGCUAAUAGAAUCGAGUAACGACGCCAGAGAUUUUCUCGAUGUCGACGGCGAAUUAUCCUUAAGAAUUAAAUCGGGUCAAGUAGACGUGGAUGGGUCGGGAUCUUAUCUCAAAGACAGUUCCUCCAGGGACAAUUUUGUCGAACUUCUUGUUAGAGUACAACACGAAACGGUUACCGAAACCAUUCCCUCUUCAAUUUCGCCUAAUACGGACUGGAUGGAGAAAUCUCCUAAAUUAGUAGGUACUCACUACGUCAGAAGCAUAACGUACGGAGGAGAAUUAAUUGCAUCUGUCAGGCUGAAAGCCAUCAACAAACAAGAACGAGAGAAAAUAAAAGCGGCCGUUACGGCAAAUUUGCAAUUUACAGGAACGCUUGAUCUAGGAGCUAAAGGUAAUUUCGAUAAAUUGCGUAAAGAUUUAAAAGGAAGUUACAGAGAGGAAAUCCACACCACGGCUACAGUUACACCCAGAAGCCCGCCGCAAACGAUAGAACAAUUAAUGAAAUUAGUUGACGAAUACCCCGAAGAUGUAAUGAAAUUGAAUAACGGUAAAGGAAGACCCCUAAGAGCGGAACUAUAUCCAUUAAGCGCAUUUAAACGAGAUUACGUCAACUAUAUGAAAAACAGCGCAUUAACCAGUCUUAUAGACGAUAUAGACGCGAAGUACGACGAUCUGAGAAUCGCUCAUGGUGAGUUUUUGUCGUGGAAUGCGAGAUUACCCUACGACAUAUCGGAAGAAAAAUCCACUAAGGUAGAAGAAUUCUACGAGAAACUGGAUACCGCAUUAAACGAAUUUAACAACGCCAUUAGCAAAAUAGAUACAACUGUUACCAUCGAACAGUUCGAAGAAGCAUUCAAAGCUUACGGAAGCGAUGGCGAUAACAGUCCACAGAAAUAUCAAAGAAAUUUGUGGAUUUUGAAAAAUGAAGUUACUGGCGAUAGCCUCGAAUGGGAAAGGCCUAACGGAUUUGGUACAAAAUAUACUCACUGGGGAGGCGAAGAAUGCCCAAAUUCGGAUAACGUACGUUUAAUACAGGGUGAAGCCGUAGGACCACUCUACUCUUCGUUCGGAGGCGGAGAGAACGUUCUUUGCAUGUCCGAUGACUUAUCGGAACUUCCUCCGCUUCUAAAAAAAACAAUGACCUUUCUUCAACCCGUGAGCUAUUAUAAUGAAGAAGACGAAGUUCUGGGUAUAAAAUGUUCGGAAUGUUACACACCGGGCGCCAGUUCGGUGGCAGUCUUUCCCGGAAGUUCAUCCUGCCCCGAAGAAUGGAGAUUAGAAUACCAAGGAGCCAUGUUAGCCGAAGCGUAUUCUCGCAGCGGAAAUAAAUUUAUUUGUUUAGACUUAACAACUGAAGGCGAACCCGUUGCGAAUAAGGAUUCGUCUAUGAAAUUGGCUAAUAUUUGGUACAACGAUGAGAAUUGGGUGUCUUGCGUAGUUUGUACCAAAUUCUGAUUUCAUCGAUUUAAAAAUAUGCGAUUGUGGAUUUUUACUAAAUAACUAGUUGAAAUUUGCAAAGAUAUUUGUUAAAACGAAAUAUAUAUAUUUAAAAUUUAAA